CUCCUCCCCGACCGGAAGUAGAGGCGGUGCGUCGCUGUAAUCGAUCCUCCGUCCUUGCCGUUUCUUGCGUGACGUCGUUAACGGUCGCGGCGAUGGCAGGGACAGCGCUGAAACGGCUGAUGGCUGAGUACAAGCAACAUGAGGCCUCACUUCCUGCACGUGCUGACCACUGCCACAGACUCGCUCCGCCUGGUCAGCCUGGGCCUGGUCUGCACCCUCUCCAGGCUCCAGCCCGCAACCCGGCUCCCAGCUCAAGCUGCACUAGCCCUGCUACCACUCCAGUCUCCAGCCAUGACUGGCUUCCAGGACUCGGCCCACGCUCGCUCUGCUCCUGCUCUGGCCUCCGGCCGCAACUCGCUUCCCAAGCUGGCCUGCUGUGUUCUCCAUUCCCUGCAGAAUUGACACUAAAUCCUCCAGAAGGGAUUGUAGCAGGUCCCAUCAAUGAGGAAAACUUCUUCGAAUGGGAGGCUUUGAUCAUGGGCCCUGAAGACACCUGUUUUGAAGGCGGAGUCUUUCCAGCUAUCCUGAGUUUUCCGCAUGAUUAUCCACUGAGUCCACCAAAAAUGCGUUUCACUGGAGAGAUGUUUCACCCAAAUGUUUACCCAGACGGGAGGGUUUGCAUCUCGAUUCUUCACGCACCUGGCGAUGACCCUAUGGGCUACGAGAGCAGUGCAGAACGAUGGAGUCCUGUUCAAAGUGUUGAGAAGAUUCUCCUUUCGGUCGUGAGCAUGUUGGCAGAGCCGAAUGAUGAAAGUGGAGCCAACGUGGAUGCCUCAAAAAUGUGGCGAGAUGAUAGGGGACAGUUCUACAAAAUAGCCCAACAAACCGUGCGGAAAUCCCUUGGACUGUGAGCAGAGAGCCCUGCAAUUGUAUAGGAUCACCUGAAGUAUUUAAUGGUUUUUUGCACCUUGCAGUUUGUCUCCUGCUUUCCAUAUCCAAGGAUAAAGUUAGGAUUGCCGUUUUUCUUUCCAGCUUGUAUUAGGAUAGCCCACUUAAUAGUCUCUGUUAAAACAUAAGCUGACAAAGCGUGGCUUUCAUGGCUGUUAUUGUUUUCCAUUUAAUAGUGGUGGGACUUACUUGGAUGAAAUAGCUGAAGGGAUAAAAUAACCUUCCCACAAAAGGGUCCAACUGUUUCUCAGUGAGUGUUUUUUUCUCUCUGAAGCAUUGCUUUUAAUGAAAUCAGGUGUGGUAUUUCAAUUGGACUGGUGUGUGCAGUUUUCAAAGACUUUGCAUCUUAGUCCUGCCUAUAGAAUAGAAGACUCAAUGCCAUAACAUUUGUUUCAUUUUGGUUGAAUGCAAACAAAUUCCGAGGCUCAGGUUCGAAUGGGAAGUUUGUUUUGUCCUACUUGUAUGGACGUGCUUUUGCAGCAGACAAUGAAGCAGGGUACUUCCAGCAAGCUUUUCUUAAUCAUUAAAAAGAUAAGGGAAGCGUGAUACGGGAUCUCAUUCACUACAUGAUCAGGGUACCCUCCUAUCUCUAUCCAGCACUUUCAUUUGUUCUCGUUAAUGUUUUCUAGAAUAUUUGGCCCUUUUAAUGGAGUGAAAUAAAAGGUAUAAAAGCGAGAAGAUAUUAGAGUUUAAAAAAUAACAAAACAGCAUGAAUGAACUUAGUGAAAGUCUGACAUCUCCCAACCAUGGAGAGUUCAAAAUACCAUCUCAAAUGGGUUUUAUGCUGUUUCCUGCUAACGUAUCCAUCCCUGGUGUGUCUGUGCGUGUGGGGGUUGAUCUGCAUGUGAGAGUCGGUUUGACUGUGUGUGGGCCAAUGGGCGUGUCAGUCGGUCUGUGUUGCCACUGGUGAGCAAAGGAAGUCAAUCUGAAGAGGCCAAAAUCUUGUAUUCUUAGCAUUAACUUCAGAUCCAGUCGAUAUUUAUAUGCGUACUUCUCAUUCUUGCACCCGCUUCCUCCUUUUAAGAAGCAACCAAUGUACCCAUUUAACUGGUAGUUGACACUGAAGUGAUUUAACCCACGUCUUUGACUGAUGCUGGUUUUAAUCUGCAGCCUCACUCACUGGACAGAAUGUCUUGCUGCCACUCCAAGCUCUCACUAUAGCAAACUAUCUGUUGUUUGUAUAAAGCUUCCCCCACUUCAGGCUUCUGCAGCCAACCACAUGAAAUAUAUACCAGUGUUUUUUGACAUUCCUCUUGUCUGUCACAAUAUAUAUAUAACAUGGUCAAUUUAGAGGUCAGGUAAGAAGUAGCCUGUGUUUGUGGAAAAAAGGGUACUGAUUUCACCAGAAUUUUGGGGGAUUCUCAUGGUAUAAAGAAACAAAAAAGAACAACAUCAGUAAAUAUGCUGCCACAGAGCCCACACCUGAGGGGCAGUCACUGUGGCAUCCAGUUGUGGCAGCACUAUCCAUGGAUUGUUUGGGGCAGUGGUUUUCAAACUCUUUUAGUAGAAGUACUCUUUUUCUAAUGGGUUAAUAAUCAGGGACCACCCAUUUAAAUUAUAAUGCUACAAACGCUUAAUGCAAAAUUCAUCAGUGUCCUCUUAAAAGAGCAACCAAACUUUGCAACGCUUAUUGAGAUUGGUGGUGCGAAACCUUUUCUCUGUUCAGCUUGAAGUCUCACCUUACAAGUUCAGUAACAUUUCUGUUGAAGACUUUCCAACAAUUGACAGGAGUGGGAUUAGGUUCGGUGACCAUUUUGGAAACAAAGCCACUAUUUUAGGUAUAACCCUCACUGGCCACCGCCUUUGAGCACAAUUGUUAAUUGGUUUGGGAUUUUUCCUCCCCUGUUUGCUAUUUACUGGCCUUUCUAUACUGGAUUGUCACUGGUACGCUGCCUGGUAUGUGGCAUUUCUGCCACUAGGAUGCGACCAGUACCCAGGACUGCAACUUUAGCUCAAGUCCAAUUACUGGUGCAGAUGCUGUAUUCAAUGAAUAAAGCUCAGCUUGAUUAGCGUUUUAGCUCUCUGUGCACUGCUUAGGUGGCUGCUCCACUCUCCCUUCCCAAUCCAUUUUCAGAGAUGCCCCAGCCUCUGUGCUGCUGAACAAUCUUUCCUACAUGUCCCACUGAUUCCAGGACUCUCCAGAGUGUGAGUUUGCAGUUGAACUGGUCAAACAGGCCAAGAAAAUUAAAAUACUAAUAAAGAGUACUCGCCUGACCUGGACCAUUGCAGCAGUGGAUUGUUUGUAUUAUCGUGCAGGCUCUCUAGAAAGUCUCUGUGGGACAGAUCCUAGUUUGAGGAUCACUGGUACCAAGUAUUAGUGGCCAAUAGGAAUGGGCCACUCCUUUUGGUUACUAGCCUGACCCUAGUGCAAACUGGUCAAAAUUGCAUUCGACGUAUAGUUCAGAAAUUAAUCUUUUAGUCCGUGCCCAUAUUUAUAUUCCAUACAAGGCUUUCCCCACCUUAUCCAAUCUAAUCUUAUUGGUCUAUCCUUUUAUUGUUUUUUUCCAUUGUGAACAUAUCCACCUUCCUUUUAAAUGCACAUGUGCUAUUUGCAUCAGCUACUCGUUGUCAUGGUGAAUUCCACAUUCUCAUUACACUCUGGAAUUUUUUGCCGAGCUCCAUAUUUUAUAGUGAUUUAAACAUUUGAAAAAUGUCACCCUGCUUCUCAAAGACUCAGUGGUUAGUACUGCUGCCUCACAGCGCCAGGGACCCGGGAUCAAUUCAGGCGACUGUCUC